AUGGUACCCGAAACCCCCCACAUCGUCUGCCUAGAAGAAUGCCACUGCCCAGUCCCACCCCUCCCAUUCCCACAUACAUACAAAGGCUACAACAAAACAAGCCACGACCAAGUCCCCUCCCGCCUAGGCGAAGCCGACAUCGCCAUAACAACAAUCGUCCCAAUAACCUGCGCCGACUUGGAUGCCCACCCACGCCUGAAAUGCGUCUUCGUGUGGGCCACCGGCGUAGACUGGGUUGAUAUCGACGGCUUCCGCGCACGAGGCGUUACAGUCAUUCGCGCACCACAGUCAAACGUCGAUACAGUCAGCGAGCACGCAAUUGCGUUCUACUUUGCCUCGCGCCGGCGGAUCGUCGACAUGCAUAAUCGGUGCAUGGCCUCGGAUGAGUAUGCGGAGAAGAGAACUCUGACGUAUCACUUCGGCGGGCCGCCUUUGACCUGCUCCGCGGAGGUGGUUAUGAUUAUCGGCCAUGGAUUUCUGGGGAAGAGAGUACAGGCUCUUGUUUCCGCGCUGGGGAUGAAAGUCCUCAUCGCUGAGCGAAAGGGAAUGAGCGGGUCUGAUGUGAGAGAGGGACGAACGGAGUUCAACGAGGCGUUGAGGAAGGCGACAGUUGUGAUUCUCACGACAGCAAAGAAUCCUGAGACGAUUGGGUUGAUUGGGGCGAGUGAGUUUGAGACUAUGAGGAAGGAUUCGAUUCUGAUUAAUGUUUCGCGGGGUGGAAUUGUGGAUGAGGGGGCACUGGUUGAUGCACUGAGGAAUGGAGAGAUUGGGGCUGCGGCCACGGAUGUUUUUGAGAAGGAGCCACCUGUUAGAGGGGAGUCGGUGCUUCUCUCGGGGGAUGUGCCGAAUCUCAUCGUUUCGCCGCAUUUGGCAUGGUUUUCUGUGCAGACGAUUCAGAAUUUGCAGGAUCUCUUGCUGCGGGGUUUGGUGGCUUAUUAUAAUGAUGCUCCCAUUAAUACGGUUUAA